UCAAGAAGAAGAAGAGGACGAUGACGAGAAGGAAGAAGAAGAGGAGCCAGUAGAAACUGAAAGCAAUCACGGACUUCUGACAAGGUGGCAGCCUCAACAGAAUCACUGAUUUCCUGGAAGACAGCAGGUGAAGCAGGUGUAAACGUAGACGGAGCCAGGAGGAGGACUGAUUUACCUGUAAAGACAAGGAUCAGGGGAAAAACAGGUGACAGAGAGGGCUGCAAAUGGCUGGCUUCCUGGACAACUUCCGCUGGCCAGAGUGUGAAUGCUUCGACUGGGGGGAGAGGAGGAACACAGUGGCUUCUGCUGUGGCUGGAGUUCUGUUCUUCACAGGCUGGUGGAUUAUGAUCGAUGCAGCAGUGACAUAUCCAUUCAAAGAGAUGCACCAUGCCUUCCACACCUGUGGGGUCUUCUCUACCAUAGCAUUUUUUAUGAUCAAUGCAGUUUCUAAUGGCCAGGUGAGAGGAGACACGUAUGGAGAGGGCUGCUUCGGCAGGACAGGAGCUCGUGUCUGGCUCUUCAUCGGCUUCAUGAUGAUGUUCGGCUCACUCAUUGCCUCCAUCUGGAUCCUGUUUGGAGCUUAUGUGGUGCCCAAGAACGAGGUGGCUCCGGGGCUGGCUGUGUUCUUUCAGAAUGCCUUAAUCUUUUUCAGCACUCUGAUCUACAAAUUCGGCCGGACUGAAGAUUUAUGGGGCUAGAGUUUCACACACACACACACACACACUGAUCUCUUGUCCUAAUGUAAACUCGUCGUCUGUCUUUAGAUUCAGACUUUUUUUUGUUCAUGUUAAAUCUGUUUCAAUGAGAGAACUGCUGUUUGUUUGUUAUUGUGAGCUGAGGAGCAGGUGUUCAUUUAUUCAUUCACUGUUUCAUGUGAUCAUCUGUUGACUAUGAGUUGGAGUGUAAGGUCACUGUAGUGUACAAGGUGUAUAAACAAAUUGUGAAGUGUGUGUGUGAGAGCAAACAGCCACAUGCUGUCUGUACUGUGUGUCAGGUUCAGUACAUGCACUGGACUCUUCAGGGUCAGUUUGCUGUUGACAGGUGAGUCACUGUCGUUCUGCCUCAGGAUCAACUCUGUGUUUUUUAAAUAGCCUCCUCUGUCCUCUUGUUUCUACCUGAAAAUGUGCUUUAAUAUGAGAUGUAAGUAUUCACUUGCUUUUUAGCCAUUUUAAGUAUUUAAGUAUAGAACAAAACUUGUGAAGCUGUCAGUCAGGACUGCUGUAAUCAGUGUUAAAGACCUUGUUAAGGCUCUUUGCUGCCACAUAGACUGUAUUCAGAAAGUCUUCAGACCCCUUCAGUGUUUUCACAUUUUCUUAUGAUAAAAUCAAAAAUAUAUUUUUACAUGACAAACAGUUCAGUCUUUGACCUUAAUAUCAUCAACAUGGUGGAGAUGGAAUAAGCCUCUCUCUCUGUGUCUUCUCUCUUACAAAGACCCAUCUCCCUGAUGUUUGUUAAUCCAGGUCCAGCUCUAGAAGAGUCCUGGUUGUUCCAGACUUCUUCAUGUCAGAAUGAUGGAAACCACUGUUCUUCUCAG